CAGGCAUUAACAUCUUCCAUCCAAGUCUGUUGCCAGAGUAUGAUCAGAGAUUGGGAGAGAGGCUGUCCAAAGGCUGGAACGCAGAGGUCUGGACAUCCAGGGACCAGAGAAAGGGACACUGCAGAGGAAAAGCCAACCAGUAAUGGAAAGUCAGUCACAGUCCUUAGUGAUAGCUGUUACUGCUUAUCUCAAGCUUCCCGGAGUAGCCUAGAAGAUCUGUGUCCUGCGUCACCACUGCGAAUAUGGAAAACAUUCAACCAAUCAGAUCCACGCAUUGCCCUAGGAAAAUACUCCCCCUUGGAGAAAGAGAUCUUGCGUCUAGGUGGAGCUCAUACCGUAGCCACAAGGAGGCUGCUGGCUUCCAAACAAGAAGAAGAACGGAAGAAGGUGAGGGAACUGCGGAAACCACAUCCAGACUACAAACAGGCAAUAGAAUGUAAGAAACAGCUCUCCCCUCCUUGUGUCGUGUGUGAACCUAUAAGAAAAAUCUGGACAGCACGAGUAAUUGUGCCUGCUGAGGAGUUCAAGAUGCCCCAGCGGGAGAAGACCAACAUCAGCAAGCAUGUAGAGAGGGUGCGGCUGGCCCAAGCCCUGGGAAAGAAGAAGGUUUCAUCCUGUGUUGAAAGACUCAAGAGGGUUGUGUUUGUAGAGCCAACAGCAAACGGCAAUGGGAGAAAAGAUGGGGGCCGUUCUGACAGUAAUUAUUGUGAUAAGAUCAAGCAAGAGAAGAAGAGGGAGAAAGAGAGCAAAGCCACAAGACAAGAAAUAAAAAUGAAUGUCAUCUUUAAAUCAGAAGAAGCAAAAAAAUGUUUACCAUGCCAACCAAAGGAUUGCAAACCUUUCCUUCCUGGAAGGACACAGGAACGGUUCAUCACAGGCCUAACAAACAGAAAUCUCCUUCCCUUAGCUGAUUUUCCUGGCGACCUCAUGCUCAUGAACCAGAAUUUCAUAUCUCGGGGAAUCUACCCCAGUGACAUGCUCAGUACCUACCCUGUGCAAGAAGGGAGUGCCUGCAAAUCAUGCAUGGGUAAAGCUGCUCCUUCUAAUUAUUAA